AAAAUUUUUUCACCCGCGCCGCAGCAUCCGAUUGCCAUUUAAAAAGAAAAGUAAUUAAAAUUAUUGAAAGAACAAACGUGUUACUGUUUAUUCCUAAAGAACAUUUAUAAAGAUUCCCAGCAAGAAUAUAAUAUCCCCAACAACCCUGUGAAACAGCAGCAGCAGCCGACUGUUUUGUGCGCCGGAGCAAAGCUUCCGCAGCCGUCAAUUCGAGAGCAUUACGGAUGCGAAUCCGAGUGGCGACAGGACAAAAGUGCGGCCCAAACGUAGCUAAAUUACGGUAGUGAAAAAAGAAAUUUUGUGGCGCCGCUAAAACAAAUUUGUUGUGUGUGUGCAAUUAUAGUUAACGCAAUCAAAAAGGAUCUCUGUUCUGUGCGUCAACUGAGAGAAAAUUGGGAACCGUUCACGAUUCUCCUAUUCAGCGGAAAGGAUGUGUAUGUGUGCAGGCUUUAUAUAAUGGAACAAUUCAAAUGAAGGACACGGCGGCAGAAACUACAAAAACAACUAGCAGCGCAAUGGCGCCCGUCACCCGCAGGAGCAGCAGUGGCAUAAUAAUCCUUGAGAGAAGCGCCGCCGCCCGAUGAAGGAUUGCAGCAUGGCCCGCACAUGCAUAUGCACAACACUCACGUCUACGUUCACUGGCAGCAGCAGUAGCAGCAGCAUAAAUAACGCAAGGACAUGGACGGCGCAACGAACGCGACGAGGACAAAGGCCCACGGCCUGUGACAGAAAUAAACGCCACCACCUCCUCGCCAAAAGCUAACCGACUAAAACGACGUAAACCCAGCACACACCACACCACGCCCUCGCCCCCCUUCUUCCCGAGUGAUAUUAUUUUUAAUGCAAUCAAAGUGCUAAGUGAGUUUGCCAAAAAAAAAAAGAAGCAGAGAAGAGACUACAAAACUAGAGCAAGGCAGAGCAGAGUGAGAGUUCAGGUCUUAACCCAAUUUGGGAAGUUUGUCCUUUGAGAGCGAGUCGCCAUCCCGGUAAGGACGUGCAGGAUUCAUAUGGACAACGGUAGGUGCAGCCCGGUUAGCCAGGUGAGCAGCAGCAGUCAGGAAAAGCUCUGCAAACUGUACCGCAAACGGAGGCGACGCCACUGAACCAACGAUCAACAUUGCCCCAAUACUCGCCUAAAUGAAGAAUGAAGAAACAAAAUGUGCGCACGAUAUCCUUGAUCGUGUGUACAUUUACCUACUUGCUAGUCGGUGCCGCCGUCUUUGACGCCCUCGAAUCGGAAACGGAAAAGCGUCGUUGGGAGGCGCUGCAAGAUGCCGAGGACAUGAUAAUACGCAAAUACAAUAUCUCACAGGAGGACUUCAAAGUCAUGGAGACUGUGGUGCUCAAAUCGGAAUCGCACAAGGCCGGCCAGCAGUGGAAAUUCACCGGUGCAUUUUAUUAUGCAACCACGGUGCUUACUACUAUAGGCUACGGACACUCGACGCCCAGUACGGUGGGCGGUAAGCUCUUCACUAUGUGCUAUGCCAUUGUGGGGAUUCCCCUGGGUCUCGUUAUGUUCCAGAGCAUCGGAGAAAGAGUGAAUAGACUGAGCAGCUAUGUUAUCAAAGCGGUCCGCUCCUCGCUGCGCUGCAAAAGGACCGUCGCCUCGGAGGUGGACCUUAUAUGUGUUGUGACCACACUCAGUUCGCUGACGAUAGCAGGCGGUGCUGCGGCCUUUUCAAAAUUUGAGGGCUGGAGCUACUUCGAUUCAGUAUAUUACUGUUUUAUUACUUUAACCACAAUAGGCUUUGGCGACAUGGUAGCCCUGCAGCGGGACAAUGCACUGAACAGGAAGCCCGAAUACGUGAUGUUCGCACUGAUAUUUAUACUAUUUGGCCUGGCCAUCGUGGCCGCCUCGCUGAACUUGUUAGUACUUAGGUUUGUUACAAUGAAUACCGAAGAUGAGCGACGCGACGAGGCCCAGGCCAUGCAGGCGCUGCAAGUGGCUGUGAAGCUGGAGGGUGAUGUGAUAACAUCCAAUGGAUCCAUUCUGAGCGGCUACGAGGGACACGAUGGCCAAUCUCUGAACGGAAGCAACACCUCGUCCAUGUGCUCGUGCCAUUGCAUGUGUCUCAAUGGCAACCGACAUAAAAAAAGUAACAACUUGGGAAAGAACAACGAUGCAGAAAAUCAAUACAAAUUGAGGCGAUCGCCCACACACAUCCGACACCUACUGCCGGAAGUGGUGCCCAUGCAGGUUUUGAACUACGACUACGACACCCAGAGCCUGCACACAUUGGCCGAUCGUGGGACCAUGGACAGCAGCUAUAUGGGCGUGGACAUGGUGGACAUGGGGGAUACGGCAAGCAUGGAACUGCGGCCACACACAUUGCUCAAGCGCAAUGUAUCACUUUUAUCCAUUCGCAUCUAGGAGUUAGGAAGGCGCUAUAUAAAUAUAUAUAGUAUAUAUAUUGGGAGGAUUAGCGGGUUGCUGGAACAACGAAGUGGCGGCCCCCUCAGCCCUGUCCUGUGGACCUGCCCUCGCCAAAAACGACUUACAAAAUCGAAAGUGAUAACAAGGCUCUAAUAGUACUUAAAUACUUAUAUAGACUCGCAAACUGAAUGUAGGACACGCCAUUGAUAAUUAAUGAUUGACGAUUAACGACUUUUGGGCGUUUGGAUAGUGUGCUAUGCAAUUUAUGUAGGAUCCCCCGCGCGAUAUGUGUGUGUGUAUGCAUUUACAAUGUGAACUAGUGCAUAAAUCUAUACAACAUGUAGUCGGCAUAUGCUAGAGACUAAAACCUAUAUAUAUAUACAAAAGGAAAACACUUACAACUAGGGCACUAUACAAUUGAAUGUAAACCACUGCCAUUUCCGAGCGAUAGAACCUACAAGCGAUACUAGAAGAUUAUGGAACGGCAACACUCACUUGUAGUCUUUCUAUUUUAACACCAAUUAACAUCCAGUCAUCCGUAGAAGUAAAUAGACCGAAUCCGAUAACCUCGAGCCAAAAUCAACCUGAGUAUUACUACGUUUAUAGAGCAGCUAAGUGUAAUUAAGAACUUAUUUGAUUAAACAUUUUAGAUCCAUAUUAUAUCAUAGAAAGGGUCUUAGAAUUCUAAAGCGUCGGUUUAGGAACUUUAAAGAGUAUUAUCAAAUUUUAAACCAUCAAAGCCUUACAUACUUCUAGAGCAGAUAACGCGACUAACUGCCUCUAAUAUUCAUAAGUAAAUUAAAGGAUAGUUCAAGCAGUUCCGAAAUGUUUUUUGCUUCCUUUUUCUUAAUAAUUCUUAACUAGUUAUUAACUUAAUUUAAAUUUAAUCAGUUCUUAUAAACGUAGAAUACAUUCCAGGAGCCAAAAUAACGCAAUGAAAGUGUCAAAUUAAUGCUGUAAAUACUCUAUAGCCGAUUAAUGUUAGCUAACGUUCAAGUGAAUCCAUUUUAUUCAGACUUAUUAUGAUUACGUAACGAUUAAAGAAUAAACUUGAUAUUAGUUUACGAUUACGAUGCGCAUGUAGUUAGUAGCUGCAACUAAAAGGCGACAUCUUUCGAUCUAAAUCUAAAACCAAGUGUCAGGAAAUACUUAGCUAGAAGCCCAAAAACCAUUUCUGGCCAAUCCAGUGCUCAAGUGACUCCGCGAUGUGCCAAAAAAAUAUAUACUAAUAUGUAACUCACUUAGUACGUGCUGCUAACAUUAGUUAUUAUGCUAAUGACAUUCAAAUGUUUUCCACCGUACGUGAGCUAGACAUAUAGACAUACCGUCUCAGACCCAAAAUGACCUACCCCUAUCGCAUUUAUGCAAAGAAUGCAUUUAGUUAUAGUUGUAGAUAAUCUCGAACCGAAUUCCCCUACACACACACUUAAUUUAAGCAUUCCCCCGUGCAUAUUGUUUUAGAUUUGCAUUUGCAUUUAAAAAAAUAGGAUUAUCAAUAAUAUGUUUCUAGUUAGUCGAUGCAUUUUUCAAGGCCCAUUGCUCACUCGAGACGUCAAACGCUUCAAGGAAAUCUCUCUUUUUAUCCUUAUGUGCUUUGUAUAUAAUAGUAUACUUAAUAAAAUUAAUUACUUUAAAAAGAAAAACAAAUAUAUUGUUAAUACCAAAACUUUGUCAGUUUAUAAAACUUAGUUACGUAUUUGAUUUAAAUUGACGAUUUUUAAAAUGCUAAUUAAUUUCCAAAUUUUAAAUAUUUAACUAUAAUAUAUUUCCGCCAAUGGGGUUAGUUAAAAUUACCAAUGGAAUUCUCUUUAAAUUCAACAUAAAUAAAAUUGUAUUUUUAAUUCUGGCAAAUAAUGCGAAAUAGUGAAAAUAAGACUUUGUAAUAUACUUAUAUUCCAAAAUUACAACAAAAAAAAAAAAAAACCAAUAAAACUAAAUUUAUAUGAUUAAA